CCUCCGCAGGCUGCACCCCAGCAAACACUCCCGCCGGGCCGCCGCGCCGACCUCAGGGCAGGGCUGCUGAUCUCUGCGCGGAUUUUCCUCUCGAUCGGGACUGUGGGAGAGAUGCGACGUCUCGGAGGAGGAGGAGGAGACCAACUGGCCAGGCAGCAGCAGCAGCAGCAGCAACAGACACCUGAGAGCAACAUCUGAGUUUGUUUCCAUAACGUCACAGAAAGGUUUAUUGCGGUCAUCACUAUGACUGAUGGGGAUUAUGACUACCUUAUAAAGCUCCUUGCCCUGGGGGACUCCGGCGUGGGAAAAACCACCUUCCUGUACCGAUACACAGACAACAAGUUCAACCCCAAGUUCAUCACCACAGUCGGCAUCGACUUCAGGGAAAAGAGAGUGAUGUACACAGCGUCCAACCCCAAUGGGACGACCACAGGGAAAACCUUCAAGGUCCACCUUCAGCUCUGGGACACAGCCGGACAGGAGAGGUUCCGCAGCCUGACAACAGCGUUCUUCAGGGAUGCCAUGGGGUUCCUGCUGAUGUUUGAUCUCACCAGCCAGCAGAGCUUCCUCAAUGUCAGAAACUGGAUGAGCCAGCUACAGGCCAACGCCUACUGUGAGAACCCAGACAUCGUGUUGGUAGGAAACAAGGCGGACCUGGCUGACCAACGUGAGGUUCAGGAGAAACAGGCCAAGGAGCUGGCAGAUAAAUACGGGAUCCCGUACUUUGAGACGAGUGCAGCGACGGGAGCAGAGGUCGACAAGGCAGUGAUAACACUGUUGGACCUGGUCAUGAAGAGGAUGGAGCAGUGCGUCGACAAACCGCCCGCUGAGCCAGCCAAUGGCAACGGGGCCACAAAACUUGCCGCUGCGCCACCUAACGAGAAGAAAUGUGCAUGCUAAAUGAAGAGCCGAUUCAGGAAACGACCAGUCAGCUCCCCUGUCGUCUGUCCUUUCUACUCGCCACAUUCCCUCCUUUUUAUACUUUCUUCUUCUCUGACAUCUUUGAUUGCAUGUUUCUUUGUCUUCUCCUCUUUGCUCCCUUCUUUCUAAAACUAACCAUUAUCCAUGUUCUCCUCCUUUUUUCUUUCUUUUUCCACCCUUUUUUCUACCUUUUCCACCCAAACUGUCAACCACUCUGGCAAUGAAACAACCCUAUCUCCCUCUAGUGGAUAAUCAGGUUAAUACAUUCCCAGCCUGUCUGCCCUUGGGCUCCAUCCAUGCUUGAUCUCUGUUUAGAAGGAAAUUAAAACAGGAGGGGACAGUUUCAUCACUGUCAGACACAUAAUGUGCCUCAUUUAAAACCUGCAGCCUGGGAAUUAAGCUGUGCACACUCCCAA